AUUUUUCACCGCCAGAGUGUCUUCUGGGCAAGUCACUCGAUCAGCUGGUGGAGUCGACAAGGAAACAUUACCGGCUGUAAUCCUUCAGUGUUUUACUCCUCUUACUAAAGCAAUUCUCCGCCAGUCUAUCGGACCAAUAUGGAGAACCGAAAACGACCAUUGGAGGCGGCUGGGACCCACAACGACUGCUUCAAAACGCCGGAGAAAAGGAUGUCAGUGGUCCGGCUGCUGGACUCCGACUACAUGCAAUGGGGAGUGGAGGAAACAUGUCAGUACCUGCGAACAGAAGAUCUCGGAGGGUGGGAAGAUACAUUUAAAGCACAAAAAAUCACAGGUGUUGGGCUGCAGUAUCUCAAGGAUGGUGAUCUGGAGAGGAUUGGUAUAAAGUGCCUUGGUGACCGUCUGAAGAUCCUUCAUAGCUUCAGGAAGCUGUGGCAGAUAGGAGCAGUGCCAAAUAAGGUGUUUAAUGAUCCGAUUCAUGGGCAUGUGGAGUUGCACCCUCUUCUCGUCCGAAUCAUCGACACGCCUCAGUUCCAGAGACUACGAAACCUGAAGCAGCUGGGUGGGACCUACUAUGUUUUCCCCGGAGCAUCGCACAACCGGUUUGAACACAGCAUUGGAGUGGGUUACUUGGCAGGGCGGCUUGUGCAAGCUCUGAACGAGAGGCAGCCAGAGCUCCUCAUCUCUCCCAGGGACAUCCUUUGUGUGCAGAUCGCUGGGCUCUGCCAUGACCUGGGUCAUGGGCCGUUCUCCCAUAUGUUCGACAGCAAGUUCAUCCCCACAGCACGUCCAGGAAUUUCCUGGAAUCAUGAGACCGCCUCUCUGAGCAUGUUUGACUACCUGGUGAAUGACAAUGGCCUGAAGCCGGUGAUGGAGCAGCAUGGCCUGGUGCUGCCCGAGGACUUCGUCUUCAUUAAGGAACAGAUUGCUGGACCACCAAACCCUGUUUCAGUUCAAGACAAGAAGUGGCCAUACCAUGGCCGUCCAGAACACAUGUCCUUCCUUUAUGAAGUUGUGGCCAAUAAAAGGAAUGGCAUUGAUGUGGACAAGUGGGAUUACUUUGCCAGGGACUGCUACCACCUGGGCAUCCAGAAUAACUUUGACUAUCAUCGCUUCUUGAAGUUCGCCAGGGUGUGUGAGGUAGAUGGGCAGAAGCACAUCUGCACCAGAGACAAGGAGGUGGGCAAUCUGUAUGACAUGUUCCACACAAGGAACUGUCUCCACAGAAGAGCCUACCAGCACAAAGUGAGCAACAUCAUAGAGGCUAUGAUCACAGAAGCCUUUUUAAAAGCAGACAAGCACAUCCAGAUUGAAGGCUCAGAAGGGAAGAUGUUCACCCUCUCCACAGCCAUCGAUGACAUGGAGGCCUACACCAAGCUGACAGAUCAUGUGUUUGAACAAAUUCUCCACUCUUCCUCUCCGGAGCUGGCUGAGUCGAAGCAGAUUCUACGCAACAUCGUCUGUCGACGCCUCUAUAAGUGUCUUGGCCAAACUCAGGCAGACAAACCCUUGAUUGUCACCCCGGAGAUACUUCGCAGCUGGGAAAAGGAUCUGGCUGAAUCCAUCCCUCAGAGCUCCAUGGAUGUCAGUCUGCAGCCGGAGGACUUUGUAGUUAGUGUCAUCUGUAUGGACUAUGGGAUGAAGGAUAAGAACCCCAUCAACAAUGUGCAUUUUUAUUGCAAGGAGGAUCCGACCAAAGCCAUCAAGAUCUGCAAGAACCAGGUGUCUAAACUUCUCCCAGAGCAGUUUGCAGAGCAGCUCAUCAGGGUUUACUGCAAGAAGACUGACGACAGAAAUCUGGAGGCUGCCAAGAAACAGUUUGUCCAGUGGUGCAUUAACAAGAACUACUCAAAGCCUCAGGAUGGAGAUAUAAUAGCACCUGAGCUGACGCCUCUGAAAGCCAGCUGGUCGAACAACAAUGAGGGCGAGGAUGCUGAGGUAAAUGAUGCUCCUUUGAAUGGAAAGAAGAAAGCCAAAGUUCAGCUUUUAUUCUAAGUGGGAGGAAGGAAGCAAACACCCCCUCUGUGACACAUCGGAAAGAUGAGACCGUGCUAGGUAAAAUUGUAUUUUUCUAUGAGGUGAGUGGUAGUGAGUGCAGCAAAGUCAUAAAAUAUAAUUCUGUUUGAAAUAUUAAAACGGUUCCUAUGACCAAAGACAUUUUUUCCAACUUUAAAAAUAGUUGUUGCAUAUUCGGGGCCUUUACUCAGGGUUUUUACACAGAUCACUGAUCCAUAUCAUAUACAUCUUUGUUGUAGUUUGAUCCUUUGAAAUCAGGUUUUUAUUUUGGGCUCUUAACAUUUGAAAUGGUCAUGUUUUAAGUCGGUGUGCUACCCAACAGCCUACUAUCAUGCCUGUGUGUUAUGAUCAAUAAAUCAUGGUCAAUUUGAAUGUUUUACUCUGAACAUGUGCACAGUAUAUUUCAGGGCAGUGUUUUCUUUACAGCAUCAAACAACAAUGUGUUUUUAUUUUCUUCUCAAAACUGGGUACAUUAUAACUGCUGUCAGAGGUUUCUGUGAACACACAGUUUCUGACAUUUACAAUGAGCCUUUGUUUUAACCUCACCUUAGUUUGACCUGUCUUUAAAAUAUAUUUAUUUAAGUUCUGGUUGUGUGUUUUGCAGUUCUUUAUUUAUUGUUCUUACAGUAAGUUGUUAAGCUUGUUCAUUUGGGGUUUUUCAACUUAUUGGUCUGUGCAACAUGUUUAAAUGUUAUUUUUGAUACCAUCUAAACAUGUUUCUCUUUCCAAAAUGUGAUGUGAUCUUGCCUCAUAGCUGGUUGUUUUAUUUUGCUGAUUGUGUAAAAAAAAAGAACAUGUUUGAAACAGUGCUAGGGGGACAUUUACCAAGGGAAUGUUAUUUUUAUUCGAUUGAAAGGAGUUGAAAAAUGUUUGAAAAUAAAACUCUUUCUCUCAGA